CUUCAGAAGCAUCUGCUAUUUUUGUCGCCGUCUUCCUACAUGGACCCUCUUAGUGUUACAGCUAGCAUUAUCGCUAUCCUUCAGCUCUCAAACAAGAUUGUCGGAUAUCUGACCGACGUCAAAGAUGCCUCAAGAGAGCGCGCAACGUGCGCUGUUGAGGUCUCGAACUUGCACAGUCUCCUUCUUAAUCUAAGGUUCCACCUGGAGGAAGGAAACGCCAACACGCCGUGGCACACCGCCGUCCGAGCCCUCGCAGUCGAAAACGGGCCGCUCGACCAGUUCAAGCAAGCGCUGGAAAUGCUGCAGACUAAGAUGAUAGGUAGAGGUCGAAUAAAGAAGGCUGGCGAUAUGCUCGUGUGGAAGUUUAAGAAAGAGGAGAUAGCCAGCAUAUUAGGCCAAAUCGAGCGGUUGAAGACGCUAGUUGAGAUCGCUUUACAGAGAGACCACUUGUAAGCUUUAUGCCAGGACUAUAGAACAGCACUACUUGUGUGUACAAGCAAGCUCUCUUAAGCCAUAAAAGACGACACUUAAACUAUAAAAGACGACACUC